AUGGUACAUAUUCCUAUGCUGUUCCUUCUCGGGGACUGCUGCCUGAGCUUCUUUCGUCCUCCCUCCCUAUCGUCCAACAGCAAACACCGACGGUCGGAGUCAAGGCUCUACACCUUCUCGCAGGAGACCAAGGACCAGCUGCGCAAGUUCCGGCUGGGCACGUCGCGGGCAAAGACGCCACUAGCUAAAAUUUACCAAAUCGACACCAAGACGCAAGAAAUCAAACCCUCCUCCGAUGACACUUACAGCGACAUGCUCGAACUGGCCGACGAACUCCCAGACUCGUCACCGCGGUUUAUUCUUCUGAGCUACCCAAUGACUCUGGCCUCGGGGCGCCAGUCCGUGCCCUACGUCCUGCUGUACUACCUGCCCGUGAACUGCAACCCGAACAUGCGGAUGAGCUACGCCGGGGCCGUGGAGCUGAUGCGCUCCACCGCCGAAGUGAAUCGCGUGCUGGAGAUCGUCGACGCAGACGACUUGCAGGAGAUCGAGGGGCGGCUGAAGGGCGAAGAUUGA